GAUCUCUUAAGUCUGAAUUAUAGAUUUCCAAGUAUUUAUAGAGUUAAAUUAAUUGAUAACAGUUAAUCUAUAUGUUAUUACGUACGUCGUCGAUUUGAAUGUUUCGCAAAUCACAUGAUUUGAAGUCAAAGUCAAGCAGAUCCAUAUAUCAUAAUUAAUUAAUUCAUUCGUUAACGGUCAUUGUCUUCGUUGUUGUAUGUCCUUCCAACACUUUAUCAUCUCAAUGGCAUGACUGGUAAGUCGUAACACUUGCAAGAAAUAUAGGAAUAUAAAUAAUAAAAUGGUUGUCGCCGAUUCGAAUUGUAUCGAAUUGAUACUUGCAACGAAUAAAAUAAAUGCGCCGAAUCAAAUCGAAUUAUUAUAUGUAUUUCUUAUUGCGAAACAUAAUUUUUUUUUCAUUUUUCAAUUGAAUUAGAUGUAUUUUAGCAGUCCAACUUAACUCAUCUUUAUGAUCCCAGCCAUCUUCUCCGAACUUUACACUGUCGCCCUCUUCAAAUUCCGGGUCCUCCUCCGCUCCUUACCCGGGUCGGACCAGCCCACGCCCCGAUCCGAUCAGAAUCGGGUCAGGUCAAUCGAAGCCAAGUUCCUGGCGGCCCCCUACUACCCAGUGGCGGAUUCAGAAAAUUUUCACAGGGGUGUCCUCUUCAAAAAUUAAAUUAAAUUAUAUAAUAAAUAAAAUAAUUCGUAUAUUAAAAAUAUCAUACUUGUAUAAUUUGUAUAAAUUUUUUAUUAAAUAAUAAAUUAAAAUUUCAUAUUUUGAAAAACUAAUAUAAAUAUACUCCGUGUCUGCACUGUUCAAAAAAAAUCUACAUGUCCUACUAGACAAUACUUCACGAACUUAUCACAUAUUUGAUUUCUAACCUUGUUCUUAAUGUAGCUCAAAGUAGAAAAGUCUCUUUCAACACUUGCUGUGUAACCAUAAAAUCAAUUCAAAAUUAAGGGUAGCGUGUACGUAGUUUAAUUAUUAGGUAUUGAAAAUAGUUGGGGAUAAAGAAAUAGCGUUUUACUAUUACAUGAUGUUUAAAUUAGAAUAACAAAUGAGAAGCAACAUAAUUAGAAUAUGUUUGAUAAUAGUAGUGUCCUAGGUUGGAAUAAGACGGACUACCACUUAUAUUUUGUUAAUCAUAAGCAAACUAUUAUCGAGGGUAGGAUAAUCAUUUUUUCAAAUGUUAGGGUGUCCCGGAUUACCAAUUAUUUUUUGUAUACCCAUACGAAAUUACUAUCGGAGGUUGGUAAUCGUUUCCCCAAAUUUUAGGGUGUCCCGGGACACCCUAGAGGCCCAUGUAUCCGCCUCUGCUACUACCCGGACCUGAAAUCAGCGGCGGAAUGCGCGGUGUCCCUCUCCGACUUCCGCAAAGGGGAAAGCGUCAGGAAGUUGGACUGCAACCACAUGUUUCACCGCGACUGCCUAGACAGAUGGCUGACGUCGCUGGCGGGUUUGGCAUGGCCUUCUUGCCCUCUUUGCCGAACCCGGAUGGCUCUGCCGGCGCCAGAGAAAGGGAAGGGGACGGCCGCGGCGGUGAAUGGGGGCGUCGGGAGAUGUUGGCCUUGCUGGCUAAGUUCCGAGAAGAAGGUAGCCGGCCGGCGGCGACGGUGAUCCCGAGGCUGACGUAUUAAAGGCGAACCAAGAUGAUCACUGUACAUUAAUGAAGUUGGCUGUUCGAA